CUAACUCGGUGCAAAACCCGCCAACUCAUCAAAAUCAUCCAACCUUUUUUUAUCAAUCAAAUCAAAAACCAAACCAAACCCUAGUCCCAAUUCACUCCCCAUAAACCAAUUUAGGGGCACCAAUUUGCCCUAAUUCCUCCUCCGAUGAUCAUCCAUCACUAUUAACUUCUUUAUCGGAAACCCAAUUCUUCAAUUCUCAAGAUUUUCUAAUCAAAUCGUUUCUGGGAUCUUGGGGAACGAAACCAAUUUGGAUAUUAUUUCACUCGUUGGAGUUAUCACUAUUAUGGGUUGUGCAGGAUCAUCGCGUGCCAAAGCGGACGAACCUAUUAAAAAAAUAACAAAACCAAAACCAUGGAAGCAUUCUGAACCGAUCACCGGGGAGCAGCUUAAGCGGAUGCGCGACGAGUUCUGGGAUACCGCUCCGCAUUACGGUGGCAGAAAAGAAAUCUGGGAUGCACUUCAAGCUGCUGCAGAGGCCGACUUAACGCUUGCACAAGCGAUAAUAGAUAGCGCCGGUGUCAUCGUUCAAAAGGCUGAUCUCACUGUAUGUUAUGACGAGAGAGGUGCAAAAUAUGAGUUACCGAAGUAUGUUUUAAGCGCACCCACAAAUUUGAUCCGUGACAGUUGAGACAGGAGACGUCGUUCAGACUUGAUUUCUAGCAUAAAGAGACGGUAAAUCAUGUAUAUUUUUAGUCUUGUUUUCUAUUGUUUUUUACUUUUCACGUACGUCAGGAAAAGAAAACUGAAGCCAUGUUUGAUCUUUUUUCUUUGAAUUUGAUGUCCGGUUUCAAGAUGUUUUUUUAGAAAUGUUAUGAGCAGUUUCUAGUUGCUGUUUUGGAUA